CGAACAUUUACGGAAAUGAACGAAGGAAACGAUUGUCAUCUGAUGCAGUCUAGGACGACGCUCGUCCUUUGAGAAAAGAAAAUACUGUUUUAGAUUAGUGUAUCGAACUUGUUUAUUUUGUUAGAAAAUAUAAAGUACAAGAAUGCCAUCCCUUUUAUUCUGUGGUCCGAAAAUGGCCGCUUGUGGAAUAGUGAUCAGCAUAUGGGGAGUCAUCAUGCUGGUGAUGUUGGGGAUCUUCUUCAGUGCAAAGUCUGCUGUAUUGAUUGAGGACGUGCCCUUCACAGAGGAGGACAUCCGCAAUGAUAAGAACCCCCCGGGGACCAUAUAUGGACUCUACAACCAGGUGGGCAUCAACUGCUUCAUCGCAGCAGCCAUUUAUGUUGCAGUGGGGGCGGUGUCACUCUGCCAGGUUCGACUCAACAAGCGCCAGGAGUACAUGGUGACAUAAGUUCCCCUGCAGCAUCAGAAGAUUACACACACACACACUCUAUUUCAAGUUCAAGGGAAGCAACCUUAUAAAAAGCUAUUUAUUUGUAACUUCAGAGUAAAACAUUCAACAUAAGUCAUGUCUGUUAUAUGCUAAUGAAUCAUUCCUUGUAUUUGCAUACAACUAUUUAUUGAAUUGACCAAAAAUUCGAACUGUCAAUUGAUCAUGGUGUUCCCCCAAGGACCAUUUCAGUGCAUACAUCAUGUGUGCUAGAUAACUCAACACACAUUCCUAGAUGCAACAGACAACUACAAAGUUUAAAAAAAUCUAUAGAACGAUCUAUUUCAAUAGAGCAAUCGUAGUUCACAAUGGUCAAUGUUUGUUAAAUCAAGAGAUAUGUCAAAAAUGGUUAAAUAUGUACUGUCUUUCGUGUUUGCUGUUGUAUUGUAUGCUGUUGAGAUAUAGCUCUUAAUUUGUUAGUCACUUAUGUAGUAGUUCCUCAGAAAAAUAUGGUGCACCAAAUGUUUGAAUGAAAUAUUUAUUUAAUGUGUUUGUUUUCCUGAGUGUAAUGAUGUGAAAGGAUCUAUCUAAAUGGUACUUGAUGUGAAGGACCUCAAUCUCUUGUAGAUGUUCCCUGCAAUAAACUGGAAGGAUAAAAAGGAAAUUGCUUCCUUGACGAUACAUGUUUGACAAAAGGCCAUAGCCAAACCUCCCCGAAAAGAAACCAUGACUGUGGCAAGGAUAAACAUUGGGGUUUGAUGGGCUCUAUUCGAUCCAUGUUGCAGAAGUUCAGCAUUAAAGCCCAAUUUAAAUUUAAAGGCAAUGGUCCCACGUUGAAGGUAAACGCUGCAUGUCUGCUCAAUUGGAAAUUACCAUUAUAUUUUUAUUGCGCAUACAGAUUGAAAUAGAGCCCUAUGUACAGUAUUUAUAAUACAGGCAUCAUCCAGGUCUCUUUCAGCUUCUAAUAAAAGCAAUUUCUUUUAGCUGAAUACAUUGUGUAUAAUAGUUUAAAGAUAGAAACCCAUUACCCCUCUCUUACCACUGGUGAAAUACAAUGGUUUUACAUGCGGAAUUAAACUGAACUCAGACAAA